AUGGCCUGGAGGUCGGCAUCGUCGGCAGGCUACGACUACGUGCGCCUCGGGCCCGAGGACCGCGUCUUCGUCACCUCAAUGCGGGGCGUGACGCUGGGGCAUAUCGGGCACUACCUCAACUACAUUCGCCAAGAGGUGCUGUGCGCGCCGGACCUCGCGCUCGAACCUCCUGACCUGGAGGAGCGGGACUUCAGCGUGGAGCGGACGAAUGGGGUACACGUGUGCAAGAAUUGGGACCCCAUCUAUCACCUCAUGGACAGCAACUACCACGACUGGAAGGCGCGGACUGGAUAUGUUUUACAUGCACCUGCGCCCACUGUGAGGGACGUAGUGGGGAAGUAUGUGCCUGCUUAG